AUGUUUAUGGCCAGUAAACACCAUCCAGGACCUCAAACAGUGGGGAGUGAGGACGGUGAGGACAGAGGUAGUGAGGCAGAGAGUGAGGGAGGAGAGGAGGAAGGGGAGGACAAAAGACUGUCUCCUGACGAGUGUGCUAAGAGGAGAAAGUGGGAGAGGGAGCAGGAGGAGCUGAAGGAGAGACUGGAGGUGGAGGAUGGGGAGGAGGUGGCCAGCUGGGAGGGGGACACACUCCCAUUUGCUCGUCUCACCACCAUUGCUGGGGUGGACAUCUCAUUUGACAAGGCUCACCCUGACCACGCAUGUGCCAUGUUGACUGUACUCACCUACCCUGAGUUGAAGGUGGUGCAUGAGAGCAGAGCAGUGGUGGAGAUGAGAGAGCCAUACAUCCCAGGGUUCCUGGCCUUCAGAGAGGUGGACUUCCUCCUCGAGAGACUCAGAGAGGUUCAAAGACAACACCCACAACAUUAUCCUCAGAUGAUCAGUUGGAAGGAAUGCCUAAAAGGAGAAGCGAAGUUUUGUGCGCAGGAGAAGGAGCGAGUCUGCUCCCGCUGUCCUCCUACGUCAAGAAGGCAAAGGUUUGGUCUGGCCAGCCACCUUGGUGUCCUGGCUGACAUACCGAGUAUUGGGGUGGGCAAGAAACUCUACCACGUGGACGGCCUCGAGAAGGGCCCUGACCACAAACAAAGAAUCCAGACUCAGCUGAGGAAAAGAGGCGACUAUUUCCACCUCAUAGGAGACUCUGGCAUGAUCUGGGGAGCUGCUGUGCGUACGUCAGCUGAGGCCACCAACCCAGUGUAUGUGUCAGUCGGCCACAAGAUCUCACUGGACACUGCAGUGGGUCUGGUCCUGGCCUGCUCCCUCAAGAGAGUCCCUGAGCCCGUCAGACAGGCGGAUCUGCUCUCAAGAAAAUAUCUCAGGAAAGAAAAGAGGACUCAUAAAUGAACAGCAAUUGCAGAUAAUGUGUUUCUCUUUAUUUUUGUAUAACAGAGAUUAAUGUGUGGAGUUGUUAGCAGCUAUCUAAGCAUUAUUGAGCGUGAGUGUCUUGUUCUGAAUCAGAGUCUGAAUCAGUCUUCUUCCCCUUCCGAUCAGAGGAAAGGAGGCCAGCAACGCCAGCAGCUAGCAAACCUGCUCCGAUUGCAAUUACAAGUCCGGCAGCUCCAACUGCCACUGCCUUCUGGACUUGAAGACUCUGCCCCUCUCCCGUCCUCACCUCAGUGGCAAAGUGCUCACAGUUGUCCCAGAGAAGGUUGUAUUCUUUACCAAUCCAUUGUCUGGCUCUCCUGAUAAUCUCUUGUCUACUGUACGGACUCGAGUAGACUAGGAGAAUUAUGUCCUCAGGUGUGUAGCAUACAUUACUUUCUUCAACUCUUCCUGCGUCUUUGCUAUUGUGGAUGACUCUAAUGGUGUUGUAGCUCACCACAUUCACCACUAUCAUGUGGUGGUAGUAGAAGACUUCAUCUACCUUGAUGUGGUCCCCUGGCUUUAGGUCAUACAGACUAGUGAUGCUCUCAGCACUGGCUCUACGACAGCCAUAUCCGAAAAUUGCUCCGUAGCUAACUACCGGAGCGGCUGGCUGAAUUUAUAGUUGGUUAUUUAGGUACAUUCCCAGGGGUUCCCCCACACCAUUGGCCCUUGCGUAGAAGCCUGCCCACCACGCGG